GUGACGCGGGGGAGUGGUCUGCUGCUGGUGGCUGUGCGAUGGCGGUCCGGGGUUAGGUAACCGCGGAAGUGUGGAGCUGCCAUCUGAUCGGUGGGCUUCACCUUUGUGUAUAUACAGUCGGACUACUCGGUGAGAGCUACGCCCUCUGACAGGUCUGCUAGGGUCCAUUUUGUUUUUUAGUGCAGAGAGAAGCGGGCUGUCUGGGAACUCAGCGGAUCUUCCCCAUGUAAGAGGAUUCAGGUGGGCGCGCCCGAGGAGGACAGACAGGAGGGAUGCAGACAGACUACUUGUCGCUUUGCUGUGGCGUGGACGCGUAUUGUGUGAGAACGUUCCGAUUGUAGCGAACAUGUGUUUGGAGAUCGAAUUGGAUCUUAAAGUCGGCGCUCAGGUGCAUGGACUGAUAUGAUUGUGCGUCCAUGCUGCAUCUGUUUAGAUGAAGGCGAAGCCUGUGCGUGGAGAUUCUGACAGUUUGUUUGUUAUUUAGUGAAUAAAAUCAGCUUAUUUUACAAAAAAAAAAACUGUUGAGCGAACCGUAUAGCGUUUCCAGUGCAGGUGCACAAUGCAAUGUGUUGAUUUAAAACCCAUCAGCACUAGAAAGUGACACUGACGAUGCAGGUUUGCUUGAUAAAAAAUAUAUUUUUCCUUGCAACCGUUGUGGCUCUGGCAGAUGGGGACGAUGUGCACACCAAGGACCCCAGCGCCAUGCGGCACACCAGGCGCCGAGCCACAGGUCCAGCUCAGUGGACCCCCUCCCAGGAUGUCAGCAUGCCUUUAUUACUGACCAGCCGUAAUGCUACACACUUCAGUCGAAGAUGCAAAACUAAAAAGUCUGGCUGUUACUUUCUGUCACACAGGAUGGACCGGACCAGCCAUGGUGACAGGUUAGGCCACAGUCAGUACAAGAUAUGGAGAAAGUUCACUGAGCACCAGAGAAACCACAGGCACAGAAGAGGCGCGAAGGAACGCCACAAGAAACUGUCAUGGGAAGUAAAGAAGAGAGCAACUGGAGGUGCUAAGAUGUCUGCAAAUGCCCUCGCUUCUCCUUUAACGUGGUGGGAACCGAUGCCCAAGCCUUUGGCGCUCGCCUCGACAGAUUUCCCUUUCGAUAUAACCAAACAUGUGGAGUUUUACACCCGGCGCAUGGCCCCAGAUAACCCAUGGGACGCGACGCCUAUGACCCCGCCAUACCCUGAAGAUGAGGAAAACGAGUAUUACCCCAACCCCUUCUAUCCGGUCACGAGCGAGACGUACACAGCCUACGCCAUCACAUGUUUCUCUGCACUCAUUUUUGUGAUAGGGAUCAUUGGAAAUGUUGCAGUCAUGUGCAUUGUGUGCCAUAACUAUUACAUGAGGAGCAUCUCCAACGCCCUUUUAGCUAACCUGGCUGUUUGGGAUCUGGCCGUGUUGUUGCUCUGCAUGCCCCUUGUGGUUUUCCACGAGCUGACUAAAACCUAUCUACUGGGCCACUUCACCUGUAAAGUUAUCCCCUACAUUGAGGUAGCCUCGCUGGGCGUGACCACCUUCACCAUCUGUGCCCUGUGCAUCGAUCGAUUCCGUGCCGCCACCAAUGUGCAAAUGUACUAUGAGACAAUUGAGACCUGCGCCUCUGCCGCUGCUAAGCUUGCCGUGAUCUGGGUCGGCGCGUUACUCUUGGCGUUGCCCGAACUCCUGAUCCGGCAGCUGGUGAAGGAUUCAGACACAGAGGAAGCAGAGCGGUGCCUGGAACGCAUCUCCACCUCACUGCCUGAGACUCUUUAUGCACUGGGCCUGGCGUAUGAGAGUGCUAGGCUCUGGUGGUGCUUUGGGUGCUAUUUCUGCCUGCCUGCUCUGUUUACCAUCGGCAGCUCGUUAGCCACAGCACGCCGCAUGCGCCAGGCCGAGCGUGGAUGCCCACGCGCCAACAAGAAGCAGAUGCGCCUGGAGAGCCGCAUGAACUGUGUUGUGGUGGCACUGGCUGUAGUCUAUGCUGCCUGCGCAGUGCCCGACAAUGUCGCAAACAUGGUGGCAGCCUACAUAGGGCACCUGGACAUUGUGGGUGUACUGCGCACGCUUGGUCAGCUCUUACUCUUCCUGCGCACUGCCAUAACACCCGUGUUGCUGCUUUGCCUCUGCCCGCCGUUUGGUCAUGCUUUCCUAGAGUGCUGUUGCUGUUGCACAAGUAUGUGUGGUGCGGCGGCCUCCUCAGCGGUGGGCAGUGACGAUAACGAGCAUGAAUGUACCACCGAGCUGGAGCUGUCUCCAUUUAGCACCAUCCGUAGGGAGAUGUCCAACUACACCGCGACAGGGUCCCACUCCUGAGCCACCGGUGCCAGUGUGUGUGUCAGUGCCAACAAUACUACACAGUGUACUGCAGAAGCACAUACUUUCUCACUUCUGUAAAUACUCUGACCACUGUCUUAUGAAGUAAUGUACAAAACUUAAUUACUUUUUUGUAUUAUUAUUUGUAUUAGUAUAUGUUUUUAAAAACUAGUGACUCUUUACAUAUUUUUUGCACUGCCAACCGCUUUAUCUUUGUUUAUAUGUCUCUACAUCUUACUGCUAGUAACAUUCCUAUGAUAUCUGUAUAUGGCAAUAUGUUACAUGCCUUGACCUUUCUUUUAAUGAAGGUGAUUGUGUAAAUCUGUCUUGAAUUGCGUGAAGCAGUACACUUGAACGCCUGAAGAAAAUUCCUGUGUGUGUGAUAGCAGAAAAGAAAAGUAGAUAUCAACACUAUGCUCAGUGUGCUUAAUGGUUUCUAAGUCCAUUUUUAUAUAACCAAAAAUUCUCUUUAAUAAACUCAAGUGUUUGCUGGGAAAUUGCAUAUCGUUCAAAAUUCUUUACUGGAAAUUGCUGUAUUAAAAUGCAAAUGUGGCCUCUUUUUUCAUUCAGUACAUAGCUUGUCAGCGAAAUAGAUAUUACAAGUGGUCUGUCUAGUGCUGCUUGAAAUGAUUUCUUCCCCCACAUCAUGCUAUUGAGUGAAAAUAAGGAAAACGCCUUCCAAAGAUAUUAACCUUGCUUUGUUGUCUUUGUUGUCUGUAUGUUACAAAAGACAGAUACCACAGAUCUGUCACUGCUGUACAUGUGUUUAUCAGUAUAAUCGUAUUAGCUGUCAGACUGAACUGAUCCAGGGAGAGUCUGUUUUAUCUCAAAGCAUGGAGAGGCCUACUUCCUCCACUCCGAAAAGCUGCUCUUUUAUGUUCCCUCAUGCGUCGUGUGUAUUUCACAUCAUCUGAACAAGGCCUAUCUGUUGUUUUGCCCACUUUUAGAAACUCGAGGCAGAAGCUCGGUUAUGGUGUAAUAUACAGUUAAAUUGCGCAUCAGGAAUGGUCUGUUGGCCCCCCGAUUGGUCUGUUACGGCUGGUAAGUGUGCUUGUUCCGGCUCUGGCUAGUGAUUACUGCACUGGUGUUCCAUUUGACUUUAAUCCAAUUAUCCUGCUCAGUUCAAGCAUCAAUCCAUAGUGUCUUACUUAAAGUUAAGUUGAAAAAGAAAUAAUUGAAAUAGAGUCUCUAGAUAUUGCUAGAAUAGUCUGUUAACCUAACUAAAAAGUGAGUCCUUAAAACAAUUAAAGCAGUUUUCAUGGCACAGGAGUUAAAUAUACAGCAUUGUAGGUGAAUGCCUGCCUUUCCCUUCCAGCAAUGCCACAGUAAGA